CGGGGCGGAGGGGCUCGGUGUGUAACGGCGGCGGCGUCGUUCCCCGCUCAGUGCGGCGUUGCGCCGCCCGUCGGAUGGAGCUCUCGUGUCAGGCGCUGCGAGCAGCGCGCCAGGCGAGGGAGGCGGAUGAGCUGCGAGCAGAAACUCGUCGGAAAAAUCUCCUCGUUCUCAUCUUGCAUUACUUAAUGGAGGAAGGGUACAUGGAUGCUGCAAACACUUUGGAGCAAGAGACAAAACUAGGUUUACGUGGCUUUGAAGUUUGUGACAACGUUGACCUUGAGACAAUUUUGAUGGAAUAUGAGAGCUAUUACUAUGUAAAAUUUCAAAAGUACCCUAAAAUCACAAGGAAGAUCCAGGACACUGCAGAACAUAAACAACAGCUGGGAACUGGAGGAAGGCAAAGAAGGGCAGCAAGCUCUCAGAAUCUCCCAAGGAUCAAGCAACAGCCAAUGCAACAACCAUCAUCAAAAACUUCAUUGGGGAGUUCAGAACUAAAGUCACCUACCAAGGAGAGCCCCAAGCAGAACAAUGAGAGCACAGUAACUCUGGAGCAGUCUGACUUUGGCUUAAGCAUCUCAGCAAUCAACAGAACUGGAGGAGGAGGAGAAGGCCCUCACCCAAAAAGGGGCCAAGUAGUUGACUUCCAUGGGAUGAUCCAGGAUGUCAAAGUAUCGCCAAAUGGAAUAGGCUUAAGCAGCCUUAAUUGGGAUCCAGACCCAUCGGAACGCUUGCUGAAACCCCUUAGUGCUUUUAUUGGCAUGAAUGGUGAGAUGAGAGAACUUGCAACUGUUGUAAGCAAAGACAUUUAUCUCCAUAACCCAAACGUGAAGUGGGAUGAUAUCAUUGGCUUGGAUGCAGCUAAGAGGCUCGUCAAGGAAGCAGUUGUUUAUCCUAUCAGGUACCCUCAGCUAUUUACAGGCAUUCUGUCUCCAUGGAAAGGCUUAUUGCUGUAUGGACCACCAGGUACUGGCAAAACAUUGCUUGCUAAGGCUGUUGCCACAGAAUGCAACACAACGUUUUUCAACAUAUCAGCAUCCACCAUUGUCAGCAAGUGGAGAGGUGAUUCAGAAAAGCUUGUUCGGGUGCUGUUUGAGCUUGCCCGGUACCACGCUCCCUCCACAAUUUUCUUGGAUGAGCUGGAGUCUGUGAUGAGUCAAAGAGGCACCACUUCUGGCGGUGAACACGAAGGAAGUCGGCGGAUGAAAACAGAAUUACUGGUGCAGAUGGAUGGCUUGGCCCGAUCUGAUGAUCUUGUAUUUGUUUUAGCAGCUUCCAAUCUGCCAUGGGAGUUGGACUCUGCCAUGCUGCGGCGGCUGGAGAAGAGGAUUUUGGUUGACCUCCCAAAUCCAGAGGCACGGCAGGCGAUGAUCCGGCAUUGGCUGCCACCUCUGAGCAACAGUGGAGGAGUAGAGCUGAGAACCGACCUGGACUACAGCUUGCUGGGCCAGGAAACUGAUGGGUACUCUGGCUCAGACAUCAAACUCGUGUGCAAGGAAGCAGCCAUGAGACCAGUGAGGAAAGUUUUCGAUGCUCUUGAAAACCAUCAACCAGGUAACAGUAACUUAGCUGCAGUCCAUUUGGACACGAUCACAACAGCAGACUUCCUGGAUGUGAUUGCCCACACCAAACCUUCAGCUAAGAAGCUCAGCCAGAAGUACACAGCUUGGCAGAGAGAGUUUGAAUCAGUCUGAGAAGAAAAAUCCCCUAAGACUGAGCACUUGAAAGACUUUCACUAUCCGAAAUGGCAUCUGUGUCACCUCCAAAGGACUGAGUGGUGAUGGAGAAGGGAGUGACGAGUUUCUGGGAGAAACCAGUAGGAAAUGUCAGAGGAGAUGAAAACUGCAGACUUAACUUCAAGUAUAAAGAUCUAAAGAUGGAUGGCUUUUUCAGUCUUCGUUCUCAGUGGCUCUUUACAGGUUAGGAAUCCAAGAAGCAGAGCAGGAAGGUGAUGAGUGUAAGCCUCCUUUCUGAGACUCACUAAAGCAUCACAGCCAGCACUGCUCUGCCAACAGAGACCUGUGUGCCUUUUUAACCAAGCCUAAUUAAGUGACUGCUUUCAAUGAAAUUGAGCUUAACAGUGCCUGGUACAUUUGGUUGGCUUGUUGUUUUCAUAUGAAAUCAAAGCCUUGGCAUUUUACUUACUUGGUUGGUUUGGGGUAUUUCCAAGGUGGAAAGGGCAAGGAAUUAGAAACGUUUGGAGUCACGGUAGGAAAGCAAUAUAAUCUAGAAUAAUCAUGAGAGAAAUUUCUUCCCAGGAUUUCACUUUAAGAGAUCUCUCACCUCCCUGACCUGACUCUGACUGCGGUCCACAAACCUCCUUUAUGAGCUCCAGCAACAAACAACACAGAUUCAGAACUGCUGGCAGAACAGCAGAUGUUUAAAUUUAUUCACAGCUGUAGGUUAACCUAACUGUAAGUAACCCACCACCUGGCUGCAGCCAGACCAUCUUUCCUUUAAGGCAAGCUUCCCGUUCAUUCAUCACAAUGACUUUUUCCUUAACAAAGAACGAGCAUGGCUCAUUAACACAAACCUAUAUUUUCAAUAAGCUUAAUGCUCCAGUACUGUAUAAUUACAAUCCAGUAAUUUAAGACUCAGGAGCACUGUAAAACAACUGUAAAGGACUUUGAUUAUUACAGUUUGCAAAUGGACCAGAAAAGCUAUUUCCCAUCAUUACAGAGUUGGUUCAUAUUGGUGUGUUUAACACAGAGGAGAAGCAAUGCACAUGACAGAAUUAAAUUUCAUUUUACAGCUCUACUAA